ACAGUUGACUGACAUUAGCAUAACCUAAAAACAGUACCUACUACCUACUCUACUUAAUUUAACCUCUUCUCUAAAACGAAUAACAUUAUUUUUGAAAGAGUUUUGAAACGCUGCCGGUUUUACUUCAUCUAUUUACUUGCUACAUUUUCACAUCAAUGAUUUGCCCAGAUUUUUUAGAAUUUCAGGAUAACCUGAAAAAAAUGCGUAUAUUGGAUGAUAAGAUAGUUUACGCUCUUAAUACUUCACUACCGACAGAAUCAUUUAAAAAUAAGGUGAAUGCUACAGCCGCUUGUGAAGAUCUAUUUUCUCAAAUACAGAAGGGCCACACCGAGAGAGAGAAUGUAAUUAAAAACUGUAUUGUAGUGACUGCAGAACAUGUAAAAAAACUGAGGGCUGCUAAAGAAGAUUCCCCAGAAGAUUACGAAGUUUUGAAAAAUUUGAAAGCCGAACAGAAGAAGUUACAUUUAUUGCAAACUGAACUAAGUGUUGAAGAAGUAAUACAAGAAAAGACAACAAAGUUAUUUACAGAGAAAUGUAGGAGUUAUUACAAACCUAACAACUUAUGAAGACUGAACAAAAUGCAUCA